UUGGUCACAAACUUGUCUAUUUGUAGAAAAACUCUGGAACAUGAUACUACUCCUUGCAGUUAUACGGAUAACAAGCGGAUAGACACGGCCUCCGUAUCCGGCGCCCUAUGCAUCCGGACGAUUGGUUGAAGCAUAAAAUCAAUCGCAAGAUGGACGCGGCCGACUUGCUGGACCAGUACACGGAUGCGAUCUACGCGGCGACGUACACGGCGGAUGAAGUCGCGGCGCUGAAGGCAAGGAAAAAGUUGAAUGAGACGGUCAUGCUAUGCCGAACGAUCCUGCGAGACGAAUCGUGGGAGCACGACGCGACCGUGAACGAGCUCGACGUGUACCUGACGUACGCCAGCGCGCUGGAGUCGUUGACACGGCGGUACGAAGCCAUCGACGUGCUUGUGCGGGGGUUGGACGUCAUGGACGACCACCCCAUGCUUCAAUUGGCUCUGGCGCGACUGCAGUUCAAGGCCGGCCUGUACAACGACGCGUUGGAAACCUGUCUCCUCGUCAUGCAAGCGUAUCCACACGACACGCGAUGCAGUGCCGACAGCGCUGCCGACGCCUACCAUCUCGCAGGCUGGGUCAAGAUUCACGGCGACGACCAUACCAACGCGUAUGCGCUGUGGAGUCGUGGUGCCCUCGCGAUCCCGUCCUCGUCUGUCCUGGCGCGGCAGCAUCGCAAGCGUCAGUGCUGGGACAACGACGCACCCGACGACUUCCUUCUUCCCCACGGCUUGGUAGGUCAAGGCACAUCAGGACUCCCUGCGGAAGGUUUUGCCGUGCCCGCAUCGACUCGCGCGGUGGCGCUGUUCGAUCCAACCACCCAAGCCAACCGCCUCGUGUUUCGAUCGUCGUCGCCGCUCUUGACCAAGGGUGAAUGUGACGCUGUCAUCGACAUCGUCGAUGCAUUCCACCGCGACGUCCGGCACGGCCAGUGGGGUACCGUCCGCCACUCGAGCGUCAACACGACGGACGUUGCUGUCGAGGACAUUCCGUUGCUUCGGCCGUGGCUGCGCAAGUUGCUAAAUUCCCGCGUGUAUCCGUUUCUGCACGAGUGUUUUCCCCGCCUCGCCGAUCAUACGUCUAUGCGCGACGACACCACGGGCGCCACUCGAUGCCGUGUCCACGAUGCAUUUAUUGUUCGGUAUGAUGAGCUGGACCAGUCGCUGAGCCUUCCCGAGCACAACGACACGUCCGUGGUGAGCGUCGUCGUGAGUCUGAACGACCGCUUCGUCGGCGGAGGCACGUGGUUCCAUGCGCUCCAGCAGGUCGUGGACGCCCCCGUCGGCCACGCCGUCGCAUUUGCUGGCCCGCUGAGGCAUGGGGGUACGACCAUCACUCACGUUAAUACCGUCAUUCCUCCAAACUGGAUAUUUUUGUUCCAUGGAUAUGGAUGUAUAUAUAUGGUCUAUAAUACUGGUCGUUUUGAUAACGUAGUUUAGUAUAUAUUAUAGAUGAAGGAAUCAAUGGCAAAUCAAUACUAUGAGUAUUCGAGUAUGUAGUAUCAAUUCGGUGACAACGGUAGGAUAUAUAUAUAUAUAGCCUGGAUUAUGGUUUUUGUGGUGUAUAAUACUUUGACCAGUAUUUCAAACGAUUGAACGAGUAAAACAGAGCAACUCAACGGCGGUUGCUUAUUUUUUUAUAUUAUUUUGAGUCCUCAUACUACUGUAGGGCCGUUUAUAUACGUAUUUUCUUGUUAUCAAAUGGGAGCGAUCAAGAAUAAAUUCUCGACCUGGUUUUAUAUAUAUAUAUAUCUUUGCUAUCCUUGCACCAUACACUAACAUUAGACUGAGUGAGGUUGGUGGGUAUUUAUAUAUGUAUAUAAUAUAUAUAGGUGUUUAUAUAUGUAUAUAUAUAUAUAUGGGUGUUUAUAUAUGUAUAUAAUAUAUAUAGGUGUUUAUAUAUGUAUAUAUAUAUAUAGGGCAUGCCAUUACGUCAGGAUGUCGGCUGAUUUUGGUGCUAUUUUUGUACGUCGACGGGUUUGCGUACGGCGACUACUUGAACGCUGUAUACGAUGACGUGGCAUCCCCACAGGACACGGACAAGGGAUUUGUCGUGUACAACCAAACGGUGGAAUUGGUGGCGACGCUCAACCAAGCGCCGACGUCCAUGGCGGUAUCUCCAUUAGAUGUAGCUCAAGAUGAUGAGUCAUGCAAACAACCCAAACAUGAGACUGGUUGAUGGAAUAAGGUGUUGCGACUUAAGGAGAGUUUGGGGUUCUAACUCCGCGACCACACUGCAAGGAGCUCGCGGCCGCGCCGGGGCGGGAUCGAAGUCGUCGGCACAUGCGUAGAGUCAAGGACGAGGCCCGCGGGUUCAAGGAUGUGGCGGUAGUCGUCGAGUGAGAGCACGUAGGGAGGUCCUUGAUCUGUGGACGUGGAGGAGGAAAUAGAAGAAUAUGACAAAGGGAGAGGUGGUGGGGCCAGCGGAAAGAGAAGCGUGACGAGUCGACCGGUGUCGGGUCGAAGCAGGGCGUGGAACCGCGCGGCACAUGCGGCGCGCAUGCUGGGGUCGAUGGCGGCAAAGAACAGAUAGUCGUAGAUGAGGUCGAACGAGUGGGGGUGGACUGACGGAGUCGACGGAGCGAAGAAGUCUGCUUGCACCAGAGUGAUGGAGUCGGCAUCCCUUCCAAGGUUGCUUCGCGAGACGUCAAUAGCUGUGGACGAGAUGUCCAACCCCGUGGCAUCCCAUCCUUGUGCAUGCAAGUGCAAGAGGUCAAAGCCAGAUCCGCACCCAGGUACUAGCGCCUUGCGGCGUCCGCCGACUUUUGGAUCGUUGUUGGAAGGUGGAAGCAGUGCCAGGCCUUCCACAAACGAAGGGUUCACUCCCUGUAGUUCCCAUGGGGUCACCUGCUGCGUCCAUGCUUUCUCCCAAUCCCUCCCGACUUUGUCGAAGAAAUGGCGGCGCAGAAGCUUCACCUUCCCACCGCCGCUACCGCUUCCACAGCCCAAGGUACGUCGCAUGUUGGAACAAGGCGAAAAGUGU